AAACUAUCCCGAUUAGGACAUACUACUCUAAAAUGUGUUCCUUUCAAAAAGGGAUAACAUCAAAAUCCUUUGAAAGUUUUCCCUUCGCAUCAGAUUUCAAGCAUGAACCCUUUGGAAAGGAGAGAAAAAAAAUGAGAAACAGACUUUGGGAAAAGAGGGGAGAGAGAGAGAGGGAUGGAUGGAGGGGGUUGACGCGGUUUCAUAUGUCCUGCUGGAGGAGGAGGGCUCUCACUUUAACACACUUUGGCGUUGUCGAGAACUACAAAAGAAAAGACAAGUAACCGGUGAAGACUUAAAAAAUAUAUAUUUGCAACAUCGAAACGUUAUAACAAUGGAAGCGCGCGACAUUGUAACGAUUCUUUUGCUUUUAGGGACGAAGCAUUAAAGCCACGCAAACAGUACAAGGAGUUUGGAAACAAAGCGUCUGUGGAUUUGUUUAAAGCAGCUGAGUGUGCAUAUUUUUGGAUACGGUUGUACCGAAAGGAAACGGGGAAAAACGUCCGAGGCGGAAUAUCAACGGCAAUGUGCGGUGAUCUUCAUCGCGGCGCGUUCUUGCGGUUUUUACGCGCGUUUUGGAUCGGAAAACCAGAAGUUUGAAGAAGAUGGAUUGGGAAAGUUUGUUUUAAAAGCGAUGGAUUUACAGGAAUGUCACCAAGAGAACGAAAACGUGGGCUGUCCGACCGAAUGUUGACGGCGCUUUCUUUGAUAACGCAAUGUAACGUGCGCGUAUAUGUAUUUUUAUGUCGCCUAUAAACGCACACCAGUAAACGCAUGUGUUAGUCAUCGUCUCCGCGAGCUCGGAUAGGGAUAACCAUACGUGGAUAUCUUGGUUUUCAUAAAGGUCACUGGAGUUUUUGUAUACAGUUGGCUUGGGCAUCCAUGCGCUCGUGGUUAAACUGAUCGUUGAUGGCUUUGCAUAUUCCUCAAAGCGUUUUGGAUUGGAUUUACACGGCACGGGCCGAUCGGAGGACAUUGAUUUACCGUUUACAGCAUCGAGAGGAGGAUACAGUCGGGACGCAAGAGUGUCUCGUGCCGUUGGACCCGAACUGUUGUGAAGGUUGAUGUUUCACAUCUGUACCUAGGAUAUAAAGCCUCAUCUUCUUGUCUUUUUUCCUGGAGUCGACCGCAUCUUGUGUCAUAUGUGUGCCUGUAUGAGGGUUGAGCAGACAGGCAUGCAGUUGAAUCGACCCAAGAGCGCGCAUCUCAUCAGCUCCAGUGAUCCAUCAUAUUCCAGUCAAUUCAAAACCAUGCGCUUCUCUUACCACAUCAGCCCUCAACCUGCCCUGCGCAGAAUAGGCCCGUCCGUGUCCAGUCCACAGCUCCUAACCAAGAGUCUAUCCCUUGAGCCAGGCCCCUGCCUCGGAGCCCACGAGACCCCACAGCGACUCUGCUCGGACCCCGGACCCCUGGAAUCACAGCAAUGCAAUGGCACAAGUGAAAAUGGGCCACAAGAUGUCCCCCCGCUUCCCCCUAAAACACGACCACCUUUACCUGGGCCAAAACCUCAAGUGCCCCCGAAACCACCUCAUCUACAGCAGCAGACCGCUCGACGACCACGCCCCCCAGACAAGCCCCUCCCUCCACCACCCUGCCGCCCACUCCCCGCUGAUCCCCGCCAAUCACGCGCCACCUUACCGAGGGCAGAGGGAAGCUCCUCCCCCGCUUGUGUUCUCUCGCUUAUCGAGAAGUUUGAGAGGGAGCAGAUCAUUGUGGUACCAGACAUCACAGGGGGCGGAGUGAUGUGUACCCCUCGAGUCCCUGAAUCGCAGGAUGCUGCUCGAGCACUUAGCCCUCCGCCCUCAGAGUUCAUCCUGCCCUGCACGUCUCUGGAGACUCCGCCCUUACCUGAGGAAGAGUCGGAGAAAAUCGAAAAGGAGGAGGAAGAGGUGGACGGCACCGAAGAGGACGACAGCGAACUCGGACCGUCGUGUUCAGAAAAGCGUCUCUCUAUGGAAUCAGGCUACGGUGCUUCUGAUAAACUGCUGGACGCUGUGGAAAUGAGGGACCUGACUGCCAACCAAUCAGAAAUCCCCUCGGAACGCUUGUCCCUCCCGACGUCCCAGAUGGAUGGGAAGCUGGCCAAUAGGGAUAGCGGUAUUGACAGCAUCAGUUCACCCUCGCACAGCGAAGAAUUAUGUUUCGUUGGGGAUGAAGAUCGGGUCGGGCACGAAAGAGAGAUGUACCCGUGCAGUCCGGUGCCCGGUCUCUCCUGUGGGUAUGCGGAGGGGCCUGGAGGUGAGGGAGCCGGUGGCGCGGAGGGUAGCAGGGACUCGGAAGGAGACAGUGAUUUGGAAGAAGGAAGCGGAGAUGAAAGUGAGAUGAACCCUAUGGCCUUGCAACCUCUUCCUAAAACUGAAAGACAAGACUCAACAGAGUUGUCAGUCCAGCAGCGGGUUUUUAAUAUAGCCAAUGAGCUCCUUCACACCGAGAAGGCUUACGUGUCCAGACUGCAUCUUCUGGACCAGGUGUUCUGCGCUCAGCUCAUGGAAGAAGCCCGAGCACGUGGCUCCAUCCCUUGUGAGGUGGUCAUGGGCAUCUUCUCCAACAUCUGCUCCAUCUACUGCUUCCACCAGCAGUUCCUGCUGCCUGCAUUGGAGAAACGCAUGGAGGAAUGGGAUCUGAACCCUCGCAUCGGGGACAUCCUACAGAAGCUGGCCCCUUUCCUGAAGAUGUAUGGAGAGUAUGUGAAGAAUUUCGACAGGGCAAUGGAGCUGGUCAACAGCUGGAUGCAGCGUAGCGCUCAGUUUAAAGCCAUCGUUCAUAACAUACAGAAAGAGGAGAUGUGUGGGAAUCUCACCCUACAGCACCACAUGUUGGAGCCGGUGCAGAGAAUCCCUCGGUACGAGCUUCUGCUCAAAGACUAUCUGCAUCGUCUACCAGAGGACGCGGACGACUUCAAAGACGCUCAGAAAUCUCUGGAGCUGAUCGCCACAGCGGCGGAGCAUUCGAACGCUGCCAUCAGGAAGAUGGAACGCAUGAGAAAGCUAUUGAAGGUCUACGAGUUGCUCGGUGGAGAAGAGGACAUUGUUAACCCAACUAAUGAGCUCAUUAAAGAGGGACACAUCCUAAAGUUAUCAGCCAAGAAUGGGACAUCACAGGACAGAUACCUUAUUUUGUUUAAUGACAGGUUACUGUACUGCGUCCCCAAACUGAGGCUGAUAGGACAGAAGUUUGGCGUCCGAGCGCGGAUCGAUGUAGACGGAAUGGAGCUGAAAGAGACCAGCAGCCUGAACGUACCCCGGACGUUUCUAGUGUCCGGAAAACAGCGUUCCCUGGAGCUGCAGGCGAGAACGGAGGAAGAAAAGAGAGAUUGGAUUCAGGCAAUCCAAGCCACUAUACAGAGACACGAGCAGACGCUGGAGACUUUCCGCAUGCUCAACUGCUCAUUUCGUGAGGAGGAUUUCACGCCGCCCCACUCUCCGAACUGCACGGAGCUUGGAAAGCGAGCGCCCACUCCCAUCCGGGAGAAAGAGGUGACGCUGUGCAUGAAGUGUCAGGAGCCGUUCAACUCCAUCACCAAAAGACGACAUCACUGCAAAGCCUGCGGACACGUGGUGUGUGGAAAGUGUUCGGAGUUUCGUGCCCGUCUGUUGUACGACAACAACCGAGCCAAUCGAGUGUGUAUAGACUGCUACACCACGCUCGUGGGUGUCCCUCCGUCUCCGGCCACUUUAAGCAGCAGCGCGCACAGACGUCGCUCCAUUUUGGAGAAACAGGCAUCUGUAGCAGCCGAAAACAGCGUGCUGUGUAGUUUCCUGCAUCACAUGGAGAAAGGGAGCGGUCGCGGAUGGCAAAAGGCUUGGUUCGUCAUUCCUGAUAAUGAACCACUGGUGCUGUAUAUCUAUGGUGCUCCGCAGGACGUUAAAGCCCAGCGCAGUAUUCCCCUCAUCGGUUUCGAGGUGUCUCCACCCGAGUCAGGUGACCGCCUUGAACGUCGCUAUGCCUUCAAAAUCAGUCAGAGUCAUUUGACGGUUUACUUCAGCGCAGACAGCGAGGAGCUACAGCGACGCUGGAUGGAGGUCUUGUCGAGGGCCGGUAGGGGCGAGGAGCUGCAGUCAAACGGUCCGAUUUCCGAGGCCCUCGAGGAAGAGCUGGAGGAGGCGGCGUUCGCGGGAGAAAGCACAUGAUUUGGCUGAAAAAUACGAUAUCGUUUUGCACACGCAAACUGUACAAAUGUGACCACAACGUCAGGAUAUAAUAGACAAAAAACACACAUAUACCUUCUCGCUAACACACAUCUGUAUUAAUUGUCAGUUGCAUGAAAUAUCUACAGUACGUUUCUCAGUGUAUUGCUCAUCUUGUGUGAGUGAUUAUUAGUGUUUGGAACAAUCUGACAAAAGCGUGCACACUUUAAAGACGACUUACGUGAUCAUGUGCAUCCGCCACUAGCAGUUUCUAUGUUAAAUCAAUCAUUUCUGCCGAAUCGUAAGGUGCUGUAAAGUGGUUUCUUCUUACUCUGUAUGGCAAAAAAGGUGGAAGUGAAUGUUCGGUCUGGUUUUAUGAAAGGUUUAGGUACUUUUUAGAAGGUUUAGACAUGGUUUAAUACCCCAUCAUACUUAAUCAAAAGCAGUUUAAAGACCAACAUGUAAUACAAACUGAUUUGGUUCAUUUUAAGCAUAGCAAAUGUUAAAUUCAGCCAAUAGUUAUGGAAAUAAUCCGCUUGGUGGUAAGAGGAUCAAAUAUUGGAUUUCACAUUACUUAUGAAAAACUGGAUAGUUCAGUAAGCGGUGAUUUGUUGAAGGUUUGGCCCCAUGAAGUGUUGUUGAGCUAUGCAAGCCUGCGUGGUUAUAGUUUGUAUGUGGUGAUCAGAAUCUGAACCGCUGGAAAAUAACAGAAGCAAGUUUGAACAAAAAUAACAAGUUACUCUGCCCCCUUGUGAACAUUAAUUCAAGACGGAUGUGGUCACUUCUGCUUAAAAUUUAUUUGGAGAAGGAAAACAUGUGUAGCAAAAAUGUCUAAAUUUAAGGAAAUAACAGGGCUCUCCCCGACAUUUAAAAGAGAGAUUCAAUCCUGUUCUCCAAGUGUGCACAAUGGUUUUAUGGAUGAAGUGGUGUUUCGAGUAUUUGAUAAGACUGCGGAUAAUAUAUAAACAUUUUAGGUUGUGAGGGUAUGUAUGAAUUGGGCUAGUUUUUAUCAUUGUAAAUUCAAUGAUAUCCCUGCCUUACCUAGAUGGUUUUUGAUAAAUAUAGAAUAUAUAAUUAUAUAUAUAUAUAUAUAUAUAUAAAUAAGACAUGGUCAAGGUUUUGAUGAGGCUAUAAAAUGUUUUGAACAGUGUUGUAUUUGUGUAUGAAUCGUGCAAAGGGUUAAAGGACAAUUUCAUUUGUAAAUAUAACUUAUUCCUCUGAGCCCAGUUUUUUUGGGUUAGAUAUUUGUCAAUGAGCUCAGUGUUUGUUAGGUGCAGUUUUAAAUGGACUCGCGAGCAUUGUGGUAAAUUCCAGGUAAAGAAAAGCUUAGGAUAAGUCCUCUCUUUUUGUACUGCUUAUUAUUCAAGAAGUUGUGGUGUUUUGGAAAAAGGUCGUUUUCUUCUUUGAAUCCGGUUUCUAAAAUGUAUUUGCCAAUGUGAACACUUAAUGACUGAUCUGAUUCAUAACUGCGUUAACUAUUUUGUGUUUGAUAUUGCUUUAAUCUGGCUCUUUGUUAAUUCUAAAGUGAACCGGUCGGUGUAUAUUUCCACAUCACCAGCCUGUCUGUCUUUUCCUUGGAAAUGAGGAAAUUGUGAAUUGUGCCGGAGAGCUUGUGAUGAAUUUUUGACUGUUGAUGGUUUAGUACAGUCGAUAGCUUUUGGGACAGGACUGUGUGUUAACUUGCAUAUGUUUACGAUUUGUACCAGUCAUUCCCACAUCCUCAGCUGAGCCUGCCUGUCAUUCACUUUUUACAUACACACACACACAUUCUCAUCUUACAGCUUUUUCUUCUUGUUAUCCUGCCUUAUGAUAGAGUAUGUUGCCAUCCUGUGGUUAUUUUCACAAUUGCUUUUUGCCAAAGUAUACAGCAGAUUUUUAUGUGUGUUUUGUUUUGUCUGUGAUUGUUACAGUUGUAUUUUGUUUUAGUUUUUUACUACAAGUAUUUAUUGUCUUUUUGUACUCUUUGAGGUAAUUGUAGUGAGGCUUGUAAAAUUAUGAAGUGUCAACUAUAACUACCAAAAGAUGAAUAUUACCAAAAUACUAGGAAUGCACCGAUGUAUCGGCCUGUAAUCGAUAUCGGCAGAUAAAAGCAUUUCCGCUGAUUAAUAGCCGAUUAUCAGGGCAGAUUAUAUCCUGCCAAUCAAAAUGCAUCAAACAAAGGAAACUAUCUGUAGAUGUCUUUGUAAGUAAUCAAAUCUCAAGAAAUUUUGUAUCGGUGCAUCCCAAUAAAAUACAAACUAAAUAUACCAUAUGAACAUUUUUGGGAGAUUAAAGCAUUUGUGUUUACUUUCAGAUUAAACACAAUAAAUGGACAUUAAUGCAUUCGAUUUUGAUCUUUAAACUAAGCCUCUUUAAUCUUGCAUUGUCCAAUUUGUUUAUACUAGUUUACCAACUACAUUUAUUGAAUGAAAGGUUCAUUUAUGCUUGCAAUUUACUAAAUGCUACAAAAUCUUCAAAUUCAUAGAGAUGAGAAUAUCUCACUGUAGUUGGGUAGAUGAACAAUUGUGCAUUUUUAUGCACAUUUAGUGAAGAAACAGAGGUGCUAUUUUGUUUGUUUAAUCAAGGGAUUAGCUUUGUGUUUAUAAAAAACACAAUGACGUGAUGGGAUCAGGAAUUCAUUUUCCUGCAUAUCGUUGUAUCUGAAUAAACAGGCUAGGUAGUGUGAUAUUUAACGUGGAUUGGUAAUGGUACUGUUUUAAGGACUAUUUACAUGGCAUUUUGGCAGAAUUCGAACAUUUACAAUUAGAAAGAAAUGUCCAUUUGGGAGAAACUAUUUCGUCUGGUGCAAAGCAGACGGAUGUUAGUUUGUAUAUAUUGUAUAUUUGUGUUCAAAUUCACAUACCGAACGUUUCCAUGAAUAGCACAGCCCGUUGAUAAUGUUUUUACACUUGGGCUUUUAACUUGAGUAUUAUAAUCUUGUUCAUUUUUUUGCAUCAGAUUAUAAUCUGUCAUGAGUACUUUGAUACAAACCAAACUUUUCAAACCUAUUUAUUGUCAAGCUGGCUUCAUAUGUACAUGCUAGAGAGAGAGAGUUGUGCUUAUUCUGAGUGUGUGGACAGACCUUUGGUUUGCUUGUAGAUGUUAAUGAUUACCUGCCUCCACCCUGUUAUAAUCUACUAUUCCCUCCCCUUACUGACAUCAUCACAUCAUGCCAAACCUGAAGUAGAUACCGAAGUAAAAUCCUCUGAUCUGUUUUUUGCUGACUGUGAUUUGUGAUGUACGUCUGCAAAGAAUCAGCGGAGUGGAAUUUAUCAAACAUUGCCAGAUAGCCCAAGCUGAUCUUUUCAAGGACAGCUAAGACUGUGUAAUUUUGUUUAUUAAGCCUCUCUUCAAUGACCAAAACUUGACUGCAUUACGAGCUUUGAUGUGUUUAUUUUGCAAAGCCUAUUAGCUAAACCAUCACACUAUAUGGCACAAAUAUACAUGCUAUUGUUUUUCCUCAUGAAACCUGGUUUAUUCUACACGUAAUGGGUAUUUACUGUUAUUUCAAGUACUAUUAUAAUUAUUAUUGUUAAUUAAAUUAGUGGCAGGCCACUGGGUACCAUUGUAUGUUAAUAUCCCAAUGAAAUCUGUGCAAGAUCAUGAAAAUGUUUAUGAAAUAAAAUAAUAAAAGAACAA